AUAAAUUCAGGUCAGUUUAACUCAAAUCUUAGGAUUGUUUAGGUACCACACUAUUACACUGAAAAUUAGCUGUGCAUUCCAAAUCAAUAUUUUUAUUUAAAUUGACUGUUAAUACUUUUACCAGUUGAAUGGUUUCGCACUCAGAUACAAGAGAACGAAAUAAAGAAGCGGCAUUAAAAUGUCUAACUGCACUUUUGUCUUUAACGUGAUUGUGACUACCAUUGAGAUACAUGAACCAGGAAGGUAUGAUCGCGAUAAAAUGAAAGUGGAGGUCAAUUUUUGUAAUACAUUCAUACCAAUAAGUGGAAGUGGCAUCUACGCUACCGAAUUUAUGCCUCAAUUUGGCACUGAGAUCAAUAUAGACCCAAAUGCUCUACGGAAGACUCUCGAAGUAUGCGGGCUCCCUAUAACAUUAACGUGUGACGGUGAUAUACUUGGCAGGGGAUCUGUUCACUUUCAACGUGAAGAAAUGGAGGCAAUAAACAAUGACAUGCACGAGUUGGUCCUCACAGAGUUCUGUUCAGUUGAGCGCGACAGGGAAAUUGUCGGCAGAGUGGAACUGCAGUGCCUUCUGCGACUGAAGUGUGUCGAAGCGAAAAAGGCGAAACCGUGUCAACUAUUCAAGGACAAAGCUAUCAAAGAUGAGGAUAUCUUAUUUAUUAUGAGCGAGGCCCAGACGUGCCGCGAUCCUUGCAGCGCAUUUGAGUUUGUGGAAGACUCGGAAUAUCUUCAAUUUGGCACCCAACGUUUUGAAAAUACUGAAAAACCUAAGGAAAGGCCCACAUUUUUUCAUGAUCCAGUUGCCAAUGCCAUCAGUUAUGAAGUGAAGGCAAUGGGUCAGGACUGUAACGAUACUGUUGACGCAAUUGUGGAAUCCUUGGACCAGGACAAGGGGUCAAGGGCUCUCGAGGCAAGCAGAAAUCGGGUUCCAUAUUUUACACGUAUACCAUCACUAGGGCCUGAAGAUAACAAUACGAUACCAUGCAUUAAGAGGAAAAAUGAGCAUUUGAUAGAAAAACGUUAUUGUCCCAUUUGCUUCACUAAUAUGACAUGGCUUCCCAUGUUGGCUGCCUGCACCACUUGCGGCUUAAAGCCAAUGAUACUACCUAAAAAACAAUAUAACCUACCAUCCACACAGGCUAUGUAUCAAGUUAAUCAUCCAGUUCAUAAGCCAGCUGAACAGAAGCAGGCGAAAUGUAGGUGCACCUGCGCGGAUGGACGAAUCUGCCCCUUUUGCCGCGUGCGUAAAAAGUGCGCCAGCUUUUAUAAAAUUGAGAAUCCGCCCAAAGAGUCUUCGGAUGCCAAAGAGUCCGGGCAGUUUGAUUGUGAUCAACUGAAAACCGUAGAUUCUCGCCCAUUUCUGUCACGGGUAUUCUCAGAGUUAUGCGACUUAUGUAAUGUCCGAGACGUCAUAAAUUAUCGCGAGUUCAAAAAGCAAUGUCAAAAAUCGGCUGGGAAACCGAAUCAAUUGAAUGCUGGUGCUGAUGCCAAGAAGGCCUCUGAAAUAAAGGCGAAGAAACAUGCAAACGUUCUCAACGAGCGUAAAAAUUUGGGUUAUCGAAUAACUGACGCACCGAAGCGUAGAAUACUUCCAGGACAUAAGGAAUGCUCAAAAAACUUGAGCUUUGUUCCGAAACAUCACGGCUGGAAUUGGAAAAACAGCGAGGAAGCACGCAAGUAUGGCUGGCAGCCCGGACUCAUUCGCAGGCCUAUCAGAAAGCUUAUGAAGUUCUUUUUACUCGGCUCACCAGAGCAAAUAGCCGCCGAUAAAUUUAGGAAAGAAAUGGAAAUGGGAACGAAGGAGCAUCCGCCUAUUCUCAACUUGCGCAAGAAGAAUGGCGAAAUCUUCAUCACAUUGCAGGCUCUCAAUAGCUCAACUAUGGAUAUGAAGCCAAUCAUCUUCAAGCUGGUCAAAAGCGAUCUUGGCGUAGCUCUUAGUCAGAUCAAGAAAAAACUCAAGGAAAAGGGCUUCCGCAAAUGCACGUGCCACAAGCCCAUAAUGUUGUGCGUCUGCCGGGAUAUCUUCGAGAAGAAGUGUCUCGAGGAAGUUCUGCAGAAGGAGUGCAGGCGUCGGCAUAUGGAAAAUUGCGUCGAUAAAUUGGUGCUCUCCGACACCAGCGAUAGUGAGAUUGACUUCGAUUUCGAUGUGCCACCGCCAGCGGGCUCGGCGCAGGCAUACGUGAAGCCCAAAACGCAUACCCAUGAAACACAGACUGCUAAAGCUGAUAAAAAAUUAGUACCAAAAUAUCCACUAUUUAACGAGCCGUACUGGCGAGCCUAUAACUGUGCCGCGGGCGAUCGGUACACCGGCACCGCAUUCGGCUUACCUGGUGAGAAUAUAUUUGAGGAUGGAGUUUUUGGACAUGCUGGAGGUGGACCACAUGGGCCGACAGCGUCUGCCGGAGGAAAACCGAAGUCAAAAGGCAUAUGGGGUUCCGCUCGAGGAGGGCCAAUGCUUGGCGGUACUCGUUCUGGCGGUGCUCGUUCUGGCGGUGGGCGUAUUGGUGCUGACGGAAAAUUAGCUACCGACAAUAAAUCGAAUCUAAAAGCCAAAGGCCCAAAAAUCCCUGUUCACCAGCGUCAAAGAUUCAUUGAUGAUGCUAAAAAACGUAAGCAAGCUGAAAAAGCGGCAGCUCAAAAGGAGAUUGCACGAAAGAAGAGAGGUGUCAAUCUAAUGGAGUAUUUGAUGCAUGAAGGUAUCAUUGCCGAACCCUGGGACCCGAAUCAUCCCAACUCAAAGCACAAGAAACACGGCCCAGUCGUGGGACCUGAUGGACUUACCAGUGCGCAACGCAGAAGAAAACUUUAUGAGAUGAUGAUCGUGCCGCCGCUCGACACUAUGCCACGGUUGGGCAGAGCAUAUGAUCCCUGUCAAUGCAAUAAUUUCUGUUACAACCAAUGCUGUAAUCCAUAUUGCUACUGUUCUUAUUAGGAGCAAACAGAAAAGGUAGCUAUUGCCAUCACCCACAAAAUCCAUUUGCAGCUUAUUUGUAUUAAGCGCCAAUUUACCAAAGCAGUUUAAACCUCAUUUGACGCAGCCGUAACUUUGCUGCAUGGGGACGCCCCACAGGCACUGCAUAUGGUGCAUCAGCUGAAAAUGUAUUUAAAGAUGGGCAGAAUUCACGGAUCUUGAAUAUGUUGCAAUUGUUGUCAAAAACGAAAAUCAGCUCUAGGCAAAUGCUGCAGAGACUAUGGUAUUCGGUAAUUAGGGAUCCAAUGCCCAAGCCCGGAAAUUUCAAUUCGGAAAAAAAGAUACACGAUGUUUGGCAAAUCGAAAUUGUUACCAGUUUUUUUUAUAUACAUAUAACAGAUCAUACAUUUUUAUACA